GUCUCAUCAUAUCAACAUCAUGGAGAUGAUCUUUAGACAAAUCCAUGUGCUUGUUGAUGCAUAUUCUGUAUACCUACCAAUGGGGUUAUCUUCAAGUAGUGUUCUUUUCUAUAAAUACCCAUCACUCUUUUUCUUUAGCUCUGCAAGUUCUCAUACUUUUUUAAGUAUAAAGCAAAAGACUUUCAGUUUCAAUAAUCUUUCUAUAAAAAGAUCAACAUCCAUGGCUAUCAGAAUUUCUCGAGUGCUGCAAUCAUCAAAGCAACUUCUAAAAUCGUUGUCACACUCAUCAAACAAUGUCGCUAUUCCUAAAGGACACCUUGCGGUUUACGUAGGAGAGAUGAUGCAGAAGAGGAGAUUCGUGGUUCCAGUGACAUACUUAAGUCACCCUUGUUUUCAAAAGCUUCUAAGAAAAGCAGAAGAAGAGUUUGGGUUUGAUCACCCAAUGGGUGGCCUCACUAUUCCCUGCACUGAACAAAUCUUCAUCGAUCUCGCCUCUCGCCUUAGCACUUCAUCGUGAUUCACACUGACCAGUAGAUCAAACUCUUUUUCUAGCCGUUUCUUCAAGAGAUGAUCUCUCCCUUGAAAGUGAAACAGAGCUGUCUUUUAACUGAUGUAAGAUUGUUUUGUUUUUCCUCACGUUUCAGUGAGUUGUGAUUAAUAUUAAUCAAAAUCCAUGAUUCCUUCUAUUGAUGAUACUUGAGUCAUCAUUUGUUACUUCCUUCUGAAACUUGGAAAGAACCAUCGAACACCAAAGUACUGGAAGAUAUAACUGUUGAUCUUCUCUGUUUCAAGAUGGAAGAUAAAAAUAUCAUUUUCGUUCAUAUUCCUGGAUAAGAAUCAACAAACACAUCCGUAGAGCUCUCCAGAGAAAUCUGAAAUUCUGAUAGUAGCAUUGCAAUAGAUGCAAAGUUUGACAUCUUUGUAUACCACUCUCCAAUGCAAAGCGAAACCAGGAAUCUGUCUCUACAAGUUAUCUCCUGUCUCUGUCUACAUUGCAAAAGAUUCAAGAUAUAGAUAUUCAAUGCAAGGUUUUACAUCCACAAGUCGCCACACACACUCUGUGCAAAACACAUACAGAGAUCUUGACUUUUUGUCUCCAACUAUACAGAACUCAUGCCGUUUUAGUUUUCAGGCACCAGAAAGCUUACUGUUUCUUCUAUAGCUUUUAAUAGGUACAUAGCAUGUCGUUUUCCCUAGGGUCACACUCACAUUCAUGCUGUCUCAUUCUUGGUGAUGUUGACUGUGUGUCACUAUUAUUAAUGCUGAUUGUAACAACUCAGCAACUGCGAGUUAGCUCCACACUCCUAAGGUUGCAAUAAGGAGUGUCUAUAACACUCACCUAACAGCACAUGGCUUUGCCUCUCUUGACUUGAUUGUUUGUGAAUUUGGCAGACCAAGACGG